GCUGUAGCAAGCUCGCGCGUCUCAAACGCCAGCAGAGGGCUGCGAGGAACGGACGUGCGUGAACGCAACAUUGUAAAGAGCGCAAGCGGGAGAGGAUUUUUCUUGAUCUUUUCUCCCUCUUUUUUCAAUGAUUAAUAUUAAUAUCAGUCAAUAAAUCUCGCUUGGCCUCUCUGAUGAGUUCAAUCCGGCGGGAGUUGACUGAGGCGCGCGCAGCGGCGGCAAAGAGAGCCGACCAUGUGCACGCGCGUGGCUGAAAGCAUCAUGAAGCAGCCUUUGUGGAUCCUAACUUUGCUCGUUACUUGGCCGCCAGUGAGGUGCGUUCGCUUCUCCCAGGAGCCGGCCGACCAGUCUGUGGUCUUAGGUGAGCGAGUGGUCCUCUCCUGCGUGGUCUUCAACUACAGCGGCAUCGUCCAGUGGACCAAAGAUGGUCUGGCGCUUGGUGUCGGCGAGGGAUUACGAGCAUGGCCCCGUUACCGAGUACUUCGUGCUCUGGACACGGGCCAGUACAACUUGGAGAUCUCCCGUGCUGAACUGUCCGACGACUCGCUGUACGAGUGCCAGGCAACUGAGGCUGCCCUACGCUCCCGGAGAGCCAAGCUCAAUGUCCUCAUCCCACCCGAGGACCCUGUGGUGGAGGGAACCCCGGAGCUGUUGCUCAUGGCAGGCACGCCGCACAACCUCACCUGCAUUACUCGUGGUGCUAAGCCGGCUGCACAUAUCCAGUGGGUCAAAAACGGACUGCUUAUUGAAGGCGCCCACCAGUCCACGGAGGUGCUGCCGGACCGAAAGAGGGUGACCACCAGGAGUUACCUGCCGAUUGUGCCGCUGGACACCGACAGCCACAGCAACUACACAUGUGUGGCCAGCAAUCCGGCUGUGCCUAUGGGCAAGCGGGCCAAUGUCAUGCUCAAUGUGCACCAUCCACCAACGGUGACGUUGUCCAUUGAGCCUCGCUCAGUUCUGGAAGGGGAGAGAGUCACCUUCACCUGCCAGGCCACCGCCAAUCCGCCCAUCAUGGGCUUCAGAUGGGCGAAGGGUGGUGUGCUGCUUGAGGGUGCCAGAGAGAGCGUUUUUGCCACCACAGCAGACCACUCCUUCUUCACCGAACCUGUGUCCUGUCAAGUGUUCAACGCAGUGGGCAGCACCAACGUCAGCAUCCUGGUGGACGUACACUUCGGCCCCAUCUUAGUGGUAGAACCACGGCCCAUCGCAGUGGACGUUCACUCUGAUGUCACCCUGAAUUGCAAGUGGUCCGGAAACCCUCCUCUUACCCUCACCUGGACCAAGAAGGGCUCCAACAUGGUGCUUAGUAACAACAACCAGCUGUACUUGAAGUCGGUGAGCCAAGCGGACGCUGGCCAGUAUGUGUGCAAGGCCAUAGUGCCUCGCAUCGGUGUGGGUGAAACUGAAGUGACGCUCACGGUCAACGGGCCGCCCAUAAUCUCCAGCGAUCCAGUCCAGUACGCCGUCCGGGGAGAGCGAGGCGAGAUCAAGUGCUACAUCGCCAGCACCCCGCCCCCCGAUAAAAUUGUGUGGGCAUGGAAAGAGAAUGUGUGGGAGAAGGAGAAAGGCACACUGAUGGAGCGCUACACAGUAGAGCAGAGCAAGCCACCGUCGCAGGGUGGCGCCGUCCUCUCUACGCUCACCAUCAACAACGUCAUGGAGUCUGACUUUCACUCUCCCUACAACUGCACAGCCUGGAACUCUUUUGGGCCCCGGACCAUGAUCAUUACUCUAGAGGAGACAGACAUCGUCCCGGUGGGCAUCAUUGCCGGGGGUACGGUGGGCUCAUCCAUUCUACUGCUCAUGCUGCUGCUGGCUCUAGCCUUCUUCCUGUACCGCCAACGCAAAAGCAGUCGUCGAGGAGUGACUCUGGGUAAAGCCGACAUCAAAGUAGAGACGGUCAACAAGGAGACACACAGUCUAGAAGAAGAGGCAGCCAACGUCUCUACGGCAACACGCAUGGUCAAGGCUAUGUACUCGUUUCUGCCCUCUGUCUCCCUCUCUCCCUCCACUCAGCCCUUCAAAGACGACGUGGACCUCAAGCAGGAUGUGCGCAGCGAAGGCGACUCGCGCGAUGACUAUGAGCUCAAGGAUCCAACCAACGGCUACUACAACGUGCGAGCGACCACUCACGAUGAGGCACGCCCUCAAUCCCGCACCGUCCACUAUCAAGGAGACUUCCGCUCCCCGAAACCCAGUGGAGGGCCGGGCGGCGGCAGCGCUCUCAUUGCCGCCCCGACCACGGCCCCCGGUGGCGCCGUCCCACCCAGUGGGGUGCCAGGCUCCCGGGCCGGCUGCUAUGACCCUCGCCCCCCUUCUCGUAUGUCCCACUCCACCUACGCCCAGUUCAGCACCUUGUCUCGGGCGGCGGCUGCCCAGCAGGCAGCAACCAAUCCAGCCGGAGAUUACCCGGGGGAUUGCGGGUUGCUCGACGGCAGCACCCAACUAGCCUAUGAUAACUACGGAUACCCCUCGCAGUACCACGGCUACCGCGUGGCCUUUGCACCGCCAAUGGAAGAGGGCCCGGCCUACGAGAUGUACCCUACAGGACCAGGGAGCGGACCCGAGCAGCAGAGCCCUGAGGCGGGUCUUGGGAAGUACGACGCGGCCACUCGCUUUUCCUACUCGUCGCCCCCUUCUGACCAAUCACAAAGACACACGCAGAGGAUGCAGACUCACGUGUGAAGGCAAAACAACAUAAGUUGUCGUUAGCAAUAUGCACGCUAGUCAGCGCUAACUACAAUCAGCGAAGAAGACGAAGAUGAGCAGUGCUCUUUUUCCGGGGGCCUUAAAUGUUCCCAAAAAUGCAUGUGGUAGUGUCCCAAAACCAGUUUGCCAAUUGACAUCAAAUUCAAUGGCUAUGUUUGUCAUGACGAGCCACAGAGGUCUCAAAGACCUUGUCCCAAGUUGGACAGGUGGUUGGCCAUUUUUUAUCCAAGCGUCCAUAAAGUCUAUGGUUCUAAGCACUAGUCCUCCCCUCCACAGUCGAUCUAUUUGGUGGGCGAAUCUAUCUUCAGUGGACAAACGAAAUAGUCACAAUCACCCAUCUCCAAAAUUUAACAGGAAGUUGGCCAUUUUGCAUUGAAUCAGCCAUUUAGGGGCGUAUUCAGACUAUGACGGACUAUGAUGGUGCCUAAGUCCCCAAGUGUACCUCCUGUCAUAAGUUUCACCUAUUGACAUUCAGUGAGCAGGUCUGUCAUGACGGGACCCGCAUAGAGGUAAAUGUCUAAGUAACCACAACGGUCAGUUUGGGUAUAUCUCGACUACAGAAAUCCUGUCUGAUUUUAGUCAACCGGCCAGACAUGGGUGUCCGAGAUAGCUUGUCGGCUAUGGGUAUCAGAGACACUGGUAGGAAUGCAGGUUUGCCACACAUGGGUUUUCUAGGCAGGCAUGUGGGCACCUGGUCUGAUGGCCAGACACAAGUCUGCUGGACCGAUGGUUGAUACUAAAAAUUAUUUCCACCUAUUGUUAGCGUCAAAAGUUUGAGAUUUUGAGAAGGUUUGUUUUGUGUGCUAAAUUCAUUGCUUUUAUUCUGAAAUUUUGUAUCAAAACAAAACAUAUCUUUCCAUGCACUGCAGCAACAUGGCAGCUUGUCGACCACAGAAAACGGUGGUGGCGGGCGGGAGGGUCAGCAGGUAGCAAAGCGUCGUGCUGAUUUUUGACCACAUAUUUCGACAUUGGCUUUUUAGCCCAUUUUAUGACUUGCAGUUUGUACGAAAAAAAGAGAAUACCUCCGCACCCUAAAUCCUCAAGUGUUAAAAUAUGAUUCAUGUCACUUGCACAGUAGAAUAGUUUUUUUCAUAUUUAUACUGAAACUGUGAGGAAUCUGUGUGUGUGUGUGUGUGUAUAUAUAAAAAACAUUUAACUGUAUUUUUAUUAAGAAAGAAAAAAGAAAAAAAAGUUGCGGACCAAAGGUUCAGAAUUUUGCGUGAAGGGAACUGGGAUUUUUACGACAGAACAUUUUCGCCAGGACGAUUUUGUUGAAUUUGGAGGUGAAAAGGGGCAAAUGUUUUAUUUAAUUUUUUUUGUUUUUAUUUUUUUAUUUCGUUAAAGCAAGGCCUCCCAGACCACCAAUUCCCCAAUGACUGCAAUGCCUUUUUAUGAUGGCAUUCACUUGAUGGAUUGGACAACAGGCGACCGCUCUCUUUUGACGUCGUAGUCUUAACAUAUCAAGCUGCAGAUGCUUCCAGAUCUUGUUUUGGUUCUGUAAACAAAGAAUAUGGGGGGGGGACGGAAACGACUUAUGAAACAAAUGCUUCCGCACUGCAGCAAAAACUAAAAUAAUGGGAUUUGCUUUUUGAUGUCUUGUAUUUAUUUUUUUACUUUAUGGUUGUUAAUUUUGGCUAUUUCUGAGUGAUCAACUUUGUGUAUACAGCUGGUGUCCCAUUCAUACACUAUAUAGUAUAUGGAUCAUUUGUCAAAUUAUACUUUCAAAAUGCAGACUGGCCAAUCACAGAACAGAAUCAGAUCACAUAAAGUUUUACAUUUCCUGGAGUUUUAAAUGUAUUUUUGUUCUUUGUUUGUUAGCUAUCAUUUCAUGUUAGGCUUUUAAAUGAAGCCAGUAUCCAGUGUCUGUUUAAAGGGUUUGGGAUUCAAGCUAUUUUAUGGUUUCAAGCCACAGUUAGGGUUCCAAAUCCGAAUUUGGAACUUAUCUGUGUUUAUACUAUGGCUAAGUUCAUACUGCAGGUCUUGAUGCAAGAUUCAAAUUUUUUUAUCAUAUGUUUUUUUUGGUGUGUCCAUUCAAAUUGCCUUUGUCCAUUGAGCCCGUUCAAGUAUUACGCAUGCGCACUAAUUCGCAGUCCGACACGUGUUGAGCAAACUGACCCGCAUGCACAGAAGCAUCUAAACAAAUAACUACGCUUGUUUGUGCGUCACUUUGCCCCGACUCAGCCAUGUAUGCAAUACGCAAUACUGCAAUAUGCAAUACUGAAAUAUUGCUCAUUUGGCACACAGUAAGAAACCGAGCAUUAUCAGGCUAACCCUUUUCUUCAUUGUAUUUUUUAUGACUGUGAUCAAGCCCGCCUCCUGCGUCGUAAAAGCUAGGCGCUAAUGCUAAUGAACAGCUACAUCAGCGCUGUCUUGCCUGCCACUCUCGCUAUUUGCUGACGUAAUUGCUGCAUGAAUUCCGAUUUGGGAGACUUGACAGUUGACCGCUGCGACAUUCUGGACAAAUGUGGCCCGGAUCGGAGUUGAACCACAUACGAAAGUGACCCGGAUCGGAUUUGAAAUGGUCCACUUCUAUUCGACUUGUCACGUUCACACUGUCAAGUUAAUGCCUCAAUCGAGUCGGAAAAACACCCCAAAAAAUUUAGAUUUGUGCAUUAAGACCUGCAGUAUGAACCAAGCCUAUGUUCCGAAUUACAUUUAUGGUUUUAAAUUAGGGUUUCAGGUAUGAGUUAGUGUUUAAAACUAUUGCUCAGUUGUCAACCCCUGCCCUGCUACCCUAAUUAAUAAGGUUGUAGACGUUAAUUGAGCUGAUCGAUAUAUUGAUUUGUUAAGCAUAAUCAUAUCGAUCAAAACCCAUAUAUAGCUAAUAUCUUUAAGAAAAGCUGUUUUGUUAAAAAGAAUGGUUCGCAUACCAGUGUCAGAAUUGUUUCAGCAACAAAAUUGGAAUCUACUAAUGAAUCUUUAAUUUAAAGCCAGAACACAGUCUUGUAAGGCUAAUAUGGACAUAUAUUUGUAUGUAUAAAACACGAACAGACUUGAGGCCACAAUUUGGAAAACUAAACUUGAGACCUCAUCUGAGUUUAGGAACCUCAUUUUGGACCUUAAUCCACCCUUGAAGCCCCACCCCAGUCCGGAGCACUAUUUUGUAACUCCUAACCAUGACUUGAAGCCCUAUUUUGUUAUCCAAACUUUGAGAUACUUAUUUAAACAGCUAGUUCUAACUUCUGAGGUUUGCAAACAGCGUUGUUCCAAAUCAAGGCUUUAAGAUGAUGUUAUGAACACAGUUAGGCUUCCAAAAUACAGUUUCAAGUUUAUUCCAAUUAGGUUUUCAUGGCAAAAUUAAGCUGCUAAUUCAGGGUUUUAAGACCAGGUUAGGGUUUCACAGUAGGGUUACAGAUCCAAAUUGUGCUAUCAAGUUUGAAUUAGGAUGGAAUUAACCUGAUUUUCCCUCCUAUUAUCUCCUGAGCUUUCAUCAGAACAUUCCAUGUUCAGUCAACACUUAAGUGGCCAGCAACAUUCAGUACUUGGAGAUAAUCAAGACAUUUUCCCAGAUUAUUAUUUUUUACAACCAGGACACAGUCUCCUGCAAAGCCAACACUGAAGCCACUAAGUUAUUCCCUCCACUGCAACCAAAAGACGGGCUGCCAGUAAAGUGUCCAUUGUGUGUGUGUGCGCGCAAUGUACAGUGGGUCAAAUGAGUAUUUAGUCAACCACUAAUUGUGCAAGUUCUCCCACUUGAAAAUAUUAGAGAGGCCUGUAAUUGUCAACAUGGGUAAACCUCAACCAUGAGAGACAGAAUGUGGGAAAAAAAAAAAACAGAAAAUCACAUUGUUUGAUUUUUAAAGAAUUUAUUUGCAAAUCAUGGUGGAAAAUAAGUAUUUGGUCAAUACCAAAAGUUCAUCUCAAUACUUUGUUAUGUACCCUUUGUUGGCAAUAACGGAGGCCAAACGUUUUCUGUAACUCUUAGCAAGCUUUUCACACACUAUUGCUGGUAUUUCGGCCCAUUCCUCCAUGCAGAUCUCCUCUAGAGCUGUGAUGUUUUGGGGCUGUCGUUGGGCAACACGGACUUUCAACUCCACAGAUUUUCUAUGGGGUUGAGAUCUGGAGACUGGCUAGGCCACUCCAGGACCUUGAAAUGCUUCUUAUGAAGCCACUCCUUUGUUGCCCUGGCUGUGUGUUUGGGAUCAUUGUCAUGCUGAAAGACCCAGCCACGUCUCAUCUUCAAUGCCCUUGCUGAUGGAAGGAGAUUUUCACUCAAAAUCUCUCGAUAUAUGGCCCCAUUCAUUCUUUUCUUUACACAGAUCAGUCGUCCUGGUCUGUUUGCAGAAAAACAGCGCCAAAGCAUGAGGUUUCCACCCCCAUGCUUCACAGUGGGUAUGGUGUUCUUCGGAUGCAAUUCAGUAUUCUUUCUCCUCCAAACACGAGAACCUAUGUUUCUACCACAAAGUUCUAUUUUGGUUUCAUCUGACUAUAACACAUUCUUCCAGUCCUCUUCUGGAUCAUCCAAAUGCUCUCUAGCGAACCGCAGACGGGCCUGGACGUGCACUUUCUUCAGCAGGGGGACACGUCUGGCAGUGCAGGAUUUGAGUCCCUGGCGGCGCAUUGUGUUACUGAUAGUAGCCUUUGUUACUGUGGUCCCAGCUCUCUGUAGGUCAUUCACUAGGUCACCCCGUGUGGUUCUGGGAUUUUUGCUCACCGUUCUUGUUAUCAUUUUGACGCCACGGGCCGAGAUCUUGCAUGGAGCCCCAGAUCCAGGGAGAUUUUCAGUGGUCUUGUAUGUCUUCCAUUUUCUAAUAAUUAUUAGAAAUAAUUUUUCUAAUAAUUGCUCCCACAGUUGAUUUUCUUUCUCUAAUAUUUUCAAGUGGGAGAACUUGCACAAUUAGUGGUUGACUAAAUACUUAUUUGCCCCACUGUAUUGACUGACGUGUUGCACAAAAUCACUCAUAGCCGCGCAAGACAAAAAAAAAAAAAAAAACGUCUUGUUUUGAUCAAAAUAGCAACCAAUCACGCGUGCUAAUGAAAGAGCUCAUGUCGUAUCAACAUGUACAAAUACAACCUUGAUGGUCCAGUUUUGAGUUUGAUAUUGUGUGAUGUCCACAUGUAAUAUUUCAUGACGUACCGUAUUGGCCCGAAUAUAAGACGAUGUUUUUUGCACUGAAAUAAGAUUGAAAAAGAGGAGGUCGUCUUAUAACUGCGGCCUAAAAAAAAAAAAAAAAAAAAAAAAAAAAAAAAAACUGCGGCCUAGACAUAUACCCAUUCACAACGCUUGAUGGCGCCAGUCAUCAAUGAAUCGAAUGCUGAACGCGACUCGGGCGGCCAAAGCGAACCCCUGACACGAAGAAGAAAGUGGUAAGAAGGAAAAGAGAAGAAAAUACCGGUAAUAGAAGAGAUAACCGAAAAUGGAGAAACUUCGCGACAAUUUGGAGAAAAGUGGGUCGAAGAUUGGCCAGGUUAACCGGUGUUUGGCCAUUCCUUACUACGCGGCGAAACGUCCUACACAAUGCUCAGGGCGCUUGCAUAUGCAUUCACACGCAUGCGCACAUCGGUUGGAAGCGGCGAGUACUCACUAUUUUUGUUUUUAUUUAGUUAUUUAGAACCUUUUCACAGCCUCAAAGAUACUUUUUGCAUGUAUUACCCUCUCAUACUUUUAACCAUUGUGUUUUUUUGUGUUAGCUUUGAAGCAGUUGACCACAUUAGUCACGUAGCGUAUUUAAACCGUCCUUAUUUGACAUAACUACAUUUAAGUAUUUUCUGCAGGCAUUUCUUUAGUACGUUAUUCCUGUAUGCAUCUAAACAAAACAAGUUUAGAGCACACGGUAGUAAUUUAGGUGUCAAAUUCGACUAAUGUAGGACGUUUCGCCGAUGUAGGACAUUUUGGCAGAACACCGGCAGCUGAGGAGAAGUUAUGACGCAAACUUCAAGUUGAUGGUGAUAAAUGAGGCGGUGUCUUCAAACAACUGCAAAGCGGCUGUGAAAUAUGGUGUCACAGAGUGUAAUGUACGGAGAUGUAGAGCUCAAAAAGAUCGCCUAAAAAAUGCUCACAGUCAGAGAAAAGCUUUCCGUGGUCGUUUCUGUAUAAAAAUUAAUUUGGUGUUCAAAAAGUCUUUUUUCAAACUUGAGUCUUGAAAAAGAGGGGGUCGUCUUAUAAUCGGGGUCGUCUUAUAUUCGGGCCAAUACGGUAUGAUCGCAAUUUUUCUUUCAUUUUUUAAAAAUGUUUUUCCCCAUGUUUCAAAUUAUUUUUUCACACAAUUUCAGAAAUAAAAGAAUUUCAUACAACAAGAAGAAAAAAAAAUACCCUUUGAACAUAUAUUCAUUUGUUUGCUCGGUGGUAAUUUUUCAAAGUAAUGUAAUUUUGCCUGUUUUCCAAGUUAAGGUGUUUUGCAUUUUAACUCAUCUGCUGCCAUUGACAGCAGCAUACGUACAUCAAAUCCUUUGGAAUGUCUUUCGUCGUCAAUGGCAGCAAAGUUCAUGAAGGAAAGGUUUAAAGGUGGAAUUCUGUAUUUUGGUUUAUUUAUUUUUAUUUUUUUUCCCCUUCAGGCAUGACAAAUCCAAACAAACAUACAGCAUGUAUAUGUGUUUACAAUUAAUUCAACCCGAAAAGAAAAGGGCUGACGGGAGAAGCAGAUCGAUGUGCUCGUUAUGUUGAUUAGAUCCAGUAGACUAGUUCAUAAUUUAGUACUUAGUUUAUUCAGUUAAUUCGAUCCAGAAGAUAGAGAAUAGCUGAGGACCGAUGGUAGGCCGUGUCCGCCACACUCCUUUUGUUGACUUAAUCCUCGUCGCAGUUUUCGUUAUUUGCUGACUCCCGACGAACAUUCAUCUCAAGGUUGCGCAGCUUCGUAGUAGGUUGCAUCGCCAUUUCGGUUGUGGACUCAUGGCCUGGGGGACUGGCGUCGCUAGGUCCUUCAGAAGGACCGUCCCAGCAAUCACUGUCCCACCUGGCACAAUCAGAAGCUGCCAGCAGCGCACCAAAAGGAACAUCCUCGAUAUCGUUCCUCUUCGAGUGUGGUGAGACACAGCGGCCGCCAUCUACCCCAGCUAUCCUCCACAAUAUCCAGACGUUAAAAUGUUUUCCAGGCAGGCGCGUUGUCCAGGUUCUGGCAGGACAGUAGCCAAUCGACCAGUCCCAUGUCGUUACAAAUUUGAAGAAUUUGAAGUCAGUUGUCUGUGCAGUGCAGUGUUUAUGGCAGGUAACGUGGCGGCAAAGGUGCGCAAGUAGCCGUGCUUGGUGUUUGCAUGAGUUUCAUUUUUUUCACAGAUGAUAUAGAAAUAAUCUGAAACAUUUUCCGAAAAGGAUUCACAAAUGAUGCCAGGGGUCAACUGCUCCCUACUUGGCUUCAGAUCAUGAAGACGAUAGGAGGGAGUAGGAAUUUUUAAGCUACUUGUCACGAAAGACCGACUGGCUUGGAUAAGUAAAAAAAAGCAUGCAAAAAGACCAGGAUUUAUUUGAGCAGAUAAAAAAUGACAAACGCAGAACAAUCCAUUAUUUUAGUUUACAUAAAACAUGUUGGUUUCCACUCCUGAGCUAAUAUAAAGGUGCGCUUUAAGUAGUCUUAACUAGCUUAAAGCUGAAUAGUACAACAGAAUGGAGGCUGGACUUGUAUGGCCGUAUUCAAUGAUAUUUUCAUAAUUUGCAGCGGGCCAUUGAACACUGGGCAGCGGGCCGCAGUUGAACUCUGGUCUUCUCCAUCUGCCAUCGCUGUCUUGUUUUGAAUGUGUGCACAUGCGCAAUCAUGUGACUGGUACUUUCGAUCUCAUAGGGCAAGGCAAGGCAAAUUUAUUUCUAUAGCACAAUUAAACACAGCAAUUCACUGUGCUUUACAUCUCAUGAAGAUCCACAAACAGAGAUAAAAUUAUUUGUAAAACUCACAUUAAAUCAAAGUACGAGAUGCUUCAUAGGGGUCAAACAGAUCAAGCAUGUAUUUCUGUCCAAAGCCACUAAGUGUUUUGUAUACAAGAAGUAGUAUUUUAUAGUCUAUCCCUCGACUCACUGGAAGCCAGGGUAACAAUUCCAUAACUGGUUAAGUAUGGUCCACUUUCCUUGUAUUUGUAAGGAUUCUGGCAGGAGCGUUCUGUACUAGCUGCAGCUUCCUGACUGAUUUUUAUUAAGGCCUGUAAAUAUUCCAUUGCAAUAGUCCACUCUACUAAAAAUGAAUCCAUGGAUAAAAUUUGCCAUGUCUUGUUUUGACUAAAUCCCCUUAAUUUUGGCUAUAUUUUUUUAGGUGGUAAUCGGCAGAUUUGGUGACGAACUUUUAGAUGGCUGUGAAAUUUUAGGUCUGAGUCAAUAAUUACGCAAAGAUUUCUGACUUGAUUUGUCGCUGCAAGUGACAUUGUGGCAAGGUGUGUAGCUUGUAUUGGUCUAACCCCAGGGUGUUCAUACCGGUCCUCAAGGCCUGCUGUGGGUCCUAGUUUUUGUUCAUACCGAUCGAGCACAGACACUUUAACCAAUGAGGUUUCUGCUAAAACAAGCAACACUUGACUGCAAUAAAAUGAUUACACUUGUAAGACACCAGAUUGGUGCAAAGGUUUUGUCUUGUUUUGUCAAAACAAAAUCCUGCAUCCACUGCAGCUCUAAGUGGAGUUAGUUUGGAGAUUACUGGUUUAAUCGUUUGAAGUUUGCAGGUUUUCAUAACCACUCUCAAUGAACUCUGAUAGCAACCAAUUAGUCUAUUCUGUACACUCAAGAUAACAGGCUAUUUGCGCUGGGCUGAAUUUUUUUAUUUUUUAUUUUAUUUUGUUUUAAAUUGGCAUAUGUCUGUUGAUUAUCCACGAUGAAUUUUUUUUUCACAAUACAGUGGUACCUCGACAUACGAUCGCUUCGACACAUGAUCUUUUCGACACCUGACGUAAAAUUUGACUCGCCAUUUGUUUCUACAUCCAACGAUGUGCUCGAAAUACGACAUGACAGCACCGCAGACGAACGCACGGCGGUUUUUCUUGUGAGAGAAAUCAACAGAGGUUUCAAAAAAGUUGGUAGAGGUGGUGCAACAAGGAAAAGGGUGACGCUUACCAUUGAAAUGAUGAUGCAAAUUAUAGAAAAAUAUGAGCGUGGGGUGCGCAUCCGUGAACUGGCCCAACAAUACAUCUCCAUCGUUCGUCAGUCUUUACAAGUUAAGGUGACAAUUAUUAUUGUGGUAACAUCGCCAAAGAAAUCGCCAGCUUUGUCAGGUUUUUAUCAUUUAUUUCAGAACUUUUCCAACUCAAAACGCUUACUGUCCGCCGCAGUUGACGGUGUUCUCAAGAAAACAUUGAAAGUGAAAGUAAAAUCUCGACCUCACCGCUCCCUCUCUCUGCCACGUCGGCCGCGCAGUGCGUUCAAGUACAGCAAAAAAACGUCCCUCAUUAGAACCCGAUUCAUUACAUUAUUACAGGAAUUAUAAUUAUUAUUAAAUUAUUAUUGCGAUUUUUAUUAAUAAUUUAUUUGUUUUGCUAGUACGUGUAAUUGCCAUUUGUAAUAGUACCAGCAGUAUAGUAUAUUAAGGAUUUAGUGUAAUUUUUUUGGGCUGUGGAAUGAUUUAAUGGAAAUAUAAUGUAUUCUUAUGGGAAAAUCCUGCUUGACAUACGACAAUUUCGGCUCACGAACAAGUAGGGCUGCAGCUAUCGAUUAUUUUAGUAGUCGAUUAAUCGAUGAACUAGUUAGUUCAAAUAAUAAAGUAAUCGGAUAAGGAACAUAAAGGAUUGAAGAUCAGCUCAGGUAUUAUAAACGGUAUAGAUAAUAAAUAAAUGAGGAUCUAAGUACAACUAAAGAACAAUUGGCUAACUUACAUAGCAAAAGUCCGCUCGCUUGAAUGCUACAAAAUGCUAGUUUUUUUUUUUUUUAAUGCUCUAAACAAAUGGUUUGAACACACAUUCCCACAAAAAUUGGCUAAAUAUACCUAUAAACUAAAUUACAAAUGCAUUAAAAAACAUUGGCUCAAAAAAAAACUUAAGAGCUUAUGUUGGUCUUAACAGGGAGCAGAUGGAUUCAGCCAUGUGAAAUGGGUUAUGUCAUACUGACUGUUGCCACUAGAAGGCAGUGUAUAGACCCAAAUCAAUAAAAGUAGAUGCCAACACUUUCAUAACAAACCAUUACAACGCCAUUUUAAUUAAAUGAAUACCUGAAGCAGCAAAAUUUAAUUUGAAUUUUUUUUCUUGUCGAGUUACUCGAGUUAAUUGAUUAAUCGUUGCAGCACUAUGAACAAGGUCCUGGAGCAAAUUAACUUCCUCCUGUACCUCCGUCAUUUGUCUUUCCUGCAACCUCAUUUCCCUUUCCUUUCUCUAACUUCUGCUAAUUCUCCAUUAUCCCUCUUUUUUUCCUGACUUAUUCCUCUCCCUUUCACCUUAGGAAUACUCCUUUCCUUGUCUCACCUUGUUUCACCGAGAUGAAAAAUGUCAAGAAAAGGAGCUCUGCUGUCCCAUAUUUACUUAACGUGAUGUCGCCAAUGUUCUGCUUUCUCCUCCCGUCUGAGGAGUAAUGUCUGAAAUAACCUUCAGCGCUCCACUUCUCCUCCUCUUCCUCCCCUACUUGCCCAUUUAUUCCCCCCUUCACAUCUCAAGCGGUCGUCGGACGGAUUAUGGCCCCUCUCAUGGCUGGCACCGCCGAAGAUAUAUUAUCAUAUUAGUGCAAAAUGAUGUCAUGCAAUUCAAGACGUUUGUCCUUCGCACACCCUCUGAUAAAAAACUGAAGUCCCCCUCCCAUCCUUCCGUGCACAUGGUAUCACAGUCUUAUGU